CCUUCCGGGUUAGGGUGUUAAACAUGGCAGAUAAUCUCGUGGAAUUGUUUGUUAGCAUAGGACUUACAGAGGAAAAAGCUAAAGAGACUAUCAAAAAUGAACUAGUUAAAACUAGUUUAAUACAAGCAAUAAAAGCUGUAAGUAUCCAUUUUGAAAUUAAUUAGAAUAAUGUAAUUUUUGAUUUGUUAUUUUCAAUAAGUAGGAGCGACAGUCCCUCCUUGUUGAGAUUUCCCUGGACCCUGCCUGAUGAUGAAACCUGCUGCAACAUAUUUUAUUUUAAAUUUUAGGCCUCCCUGAUACCUUGAUGAAGGCCUAUUAACAAUACACCACUUGUCUUGUAGUUUAGCGUCGCUAAUUAUAUACACAUGAAAUUGUGCAUUUUUUCAUUGCUGUAUUUAAAUUAUAAAAAUAAAGGCUAUUGACUUUUGGCAUUUGGAAUUCGGUCAUAUUUAUAACAAAAUAUUUUCUAUUAAUAAUUAAAUAAAAUAAUAAUUAAUAUUAUAUCAUUUACAAAUUUGUUAAAUGCAAACAAGACAUAUCACAUAUAACAUGACAUAUCACUUGGCUGCCAUCUUGGUUGCCAAGACCCAUUAACUUUUACGGGUUCACAGGUCACGGCAACCAAGAUGGCGGCUAUGUAAAAAUAAAAUAACACGCGUCUGCUAAAAUUAGGAAUAAAACCUUAAAAAUAAAUGAAAAAAUGUAUCCUUAAAUGUAACCUGAACCCUAAAUGUGUCCCUAAACCUAACCUGAACCCUAAAUGUAUCCCUAAACUAAACUUAACCUGGGCCCUAAAUGUAUCCCUUACCCUAACAUGAACCCUAAAUCUAUCCCUAAACCUAACCUGAAUCCUAAAUCUAUCUCUAAACCUAACCUGAACCCUAAAUAUAAACCUAACCCAAACCCUAAAUCUAUCCCUAAACCUUACCCAAACCCUAAAACUAGUCCUAAAGCCUCAAGUGAAAAUACGUGUGCAGGCAGUGCAGCUGCAGUUACACAAUGUGACAAGAAAACUAAAAAAAAUGAAGAAAAACAAUAAAAAAAUAAUUGUAAAAUAAAUAAAUAAUGAAAACCCAACUAACAUUUUCAUAGAAUACACUUUUACACACUUUAUAUUUCAGGUUCUACUGAAAAGAAUAUCCAGAAAAUGAAAAAAAUACAAUGCCAAAUCCAUUUUCAAAUAUGGCUGAAAAAUUAAAAUAUUAUAAUAAAUCAACCAAUAAAAUUUUAAUUCAAAACAUGCCAUCGUCAUAUUAAGGAAAAUUUGACUCUAAUAACAAAAAACAAGGGGAAUGAACCCAAAACAGAAACUUAACAAAAACAUGUAAAUGAUGUCAUGGCAUGGCUUCUUUGCAUUAGCCAGUUUUUUGUGUCACAGAGUCAGAGUGAAGUUCAUCAACAUCAUAUGUGUGUGUGUGUUGUACUGUAUGUACUACUGUAGCUAGGUACAUGGAUAAAUAAUUUUUCUGCUAGUGUCAAAUCAUUGCUGAGCUAUGCGCCCCUUGUUCAACUUUUUUCCCCACUUGUCACCUACAAAUGGACCACCUGCAUGGGCAGACAAGGGACAUGUUUAAUGCCCCCCAACACACCUCCACACAGCCAACAUGCAGGACACACAAUGGUGGUCUUGACCCUGGGUAAUGCGGAGGGGGUCUGGUGGCUGACGCCUCCCAAUCGGCAAGCCACCACAGGCUCGUCAACCAGAGACCCCGGGUCGCUUUCAAUAAAAUUAACAAUCAUACUGUCAUGUAAUUACAAUAUUAGCCUAAAUCAGUAAAUGACUUUACAGACUGUACUUGUGUACAAGAUCAAACUCAAAGUAUAAGGCAUAAGAUCUAUUGGCCCUUGAUCAUCAAACAUGUAGGUGAGAUGAGCCCUGUGUAAAAAUUAGGUUUCCAAGCUCACAAUUUUUUAUUGUUUUCUAGUGCAUGUGCAAUAAAUUUUUCACGUUCCUUUUCCAUUGUCAUCGGAUUACAGGUUAAUCUUAAAAAUAUCUAAUAAAUGUCUAUAAUUUGAGCGUGGAGCAUGUUGGCAUUGAGACUACGUGAUGCAAGGAGGCGACCGUAGGUUAUCAGCAGGUCUUGUUGUUUUACCUUAGGGAUACAAUAAAGCUGUUAAUCCAACCAGGAAUCAAUAUUGUCCCACAAGAAUUGCAGUCGAGAUUGUCAUUUCAGGAUUGGCCUAGUGAGCCACUCUUCGAAGUGUAGGACUACAUAGCUACUCUAUCGUCUCGCAAAGACGGAAGGAUGCCAUAUUAUUACAAUAAAGCUGUUACAUUCAUCCCAAAUUAUGCUCAGAUUAAGGCUCAUGUGAGAAGGGAAUCAUUGUGCUCAUUAAUCUCUACCCAUUUAUAUUAUAUAAUUAAGUGUUUAAGAGGUGCAUUUUGUCCUUUAAAAAUUGUAAAUAAAACCAUAUCAUUUUAUUCUGACCUUGUUGUGAGGAACAAAUGGAUAAUUAACUCAAGGAAUUUUAAAGAAAUUAAUGAUCAGUUUUAGAAUGAUUUUUUUUUAACAUCUUUAACUAAAGAUCAUUCAUUAAAAAAAAUUAUAGCAUCUAUGUCAUUAAAAUUUUAUUUUUAUAUGAUAAAAGGCGGAUCAAUAUGGAGGAGGAAAUGCACGAAACAAAGAUGUAGGCAAGCUGCUAUACAGUGUGGCAACAAAACUCAAAGCACAGAUUAAGCACCAUCAGAACUUUGUGGUCCAGUACAUUGCCACAAAAAAAAUUACAACUGAGGAUCAGUUAAAUGGUAGGCUUUUGUUGUGGUUUAACAUACUUUCGCAUUAUAAAAAAAGAAUGUGAAUUGAAUCUUUGUUUAAUUAGAAAUUUCUAAGAACUAAAAUCAAGAAAUUAUAUUGCUUAUUGUAUAUGAUAAGACAUAAUGUUUCGGUUUGAAAUGUGAAUAGUUUUUACUGAAAAAUAAAUUGGAAUAGAGUACUGAACACAAAUACAUGUAACAUAUUUAACAGUUACUCAUAAUUAUUAGAUAAAAAGAAUGUAGGUGAUAAAGCUUAAUAUAUUUUUGUCUCAGAGUUAUAAUAAUAUGCAUUCUAUUUAAAUUACAUCAUCAGCUGCUAUCAGUUAUCUUCUUCAUCACAAUUUGGAAUCUGAGGUCAAUGCAAAAGCUUUUGAAGAAGCCAGUGGUGUGGGAGUUGUUGUCUCGCCAGAGGAAAUUGAGACAGCUGUAAGCUAGUUAUGACCACUUCAUUUUCGACUGUGUUUUAUGAGACUAAAUAUUUUUUAAAUUUCUGAACUGAAGUUGAUAGUUUUAAAAAUUAAAACUUAAUUUCUAACUUCAAUUUUAUUUUACUUUAUAGGUGGAGGAAGUAGUCAAGAAACACAAGCAGGGCCUCUUAGAGAAAAGAUAUCAUUAUAGCACUGGACCUCUGCUAGGUAGCUAUUGUUAAAACAAGUUUUCUUUCAUUUUCUCAAUAGUAGUAAGUAGAAUUUAAAUAUAUUAUGCAAAAUUUAAUUUACUGUUAUUCUGUUCUACCAAUGACAGCAUUACCAGAAUCGUUUGAAUUUGCAUUUUGUCUUACGAUUAUCAAAGCUAACAUAGUCUCAUUUUAUUGACACACAUUGUGUCUCAUUAAUGUACUGGCAUUUGAAAACCUCAUCACUCUAUAACCCUCAUAACUUUGUUAUUUAACUAUGUUUAUUCAUAGCAUUAUUUUAACUAAAGUAAACAAUGACAUAUAUUCCAAGCCCUCUGUAUAAAAAAAAUGUUCCUCCCUCUACUGAUUCCCUUAACUUCAUGUUAAAUUCUUGUUUGUCUGUAUGUUUCAUCAGUUGUGUAGAUUAGUGGCUUGUUUUAAUUCUUAAAAUUCAUUUUAUUUUUACCAUUAUUUUUUUUAACAGGAGAAAUUAAAAGUAAAAUAAAAUGGGCUGAUGGUAAAGCAGUAAAAAAUGAACUAGAUAUGCAGGUACUUCUUUUGUGACCUCUCUUAUUUUAACAUAUUUUAACAGAAACAAAACUAAUGCAUGGUUGUUUAUUUGUCAAUCAGAUUUAAGUUAAUAUGGGAAUUUAUUUUAACAGGUUCAGUUGCACCUCUUGUUUUUUUUAAAAAAUAAUAAUUUAUUUUGGAAAAUUUUCCCCUAUAAAGAAAACUAUGUUCCAUUCUAUUUAUUACAUUGUUACAAUUAUUUUAUGGUUUUGAAAGUUUAUUCUGUUUUAAGAUGUGGCUCAUUAAUUGAACAAUACUUAACCCGUAUUGAAAACCAUCUGAAACCCGUACAAACAAAAUGAUAGCAAAGCAUAUUAACAAUAUUCAAUUUAAUUAUACUAUUAAAUUUAUAUAAAAAAUACAAAAUCAGACAGACCGGAAUAAAAGCUAUAUCAACUUACAGCACAGCAAUUGACAAAGUACAAUCCGCGAAAGAUACAAAUAUUAAAUUACACACAUAAAAAGUACAAUAUUUUUUUUGAACAUAUUACAUCUUAUAAGUGUCUUGUAAAAAUCGAAAUCACUACAUUGAAGUAAAAAAAACGGGGGGGUGGGGGGGUGGGAACACACAGGCCAUAACAUACAUAUAUAUGUGUAUAAAUUUCUUUUAGUCCUUAUGAUACUUUAUUGGACUAGAUAGUUUAAAUUAUUGAAUAUAACAUAAUCCACAUUUUUCUUGGUUAGAUUCUGGACUUGUUGGGUCCUAAGACCGAGGCUGACCUUGAAAAACCACAGAAGCCAAAGGUUUGACUUUUAUUAUUUGUUGAUGAGGAAAUCAAUGCAUACAAUGUUUUGAGCUUUGAAUUUGGUAAUUUUGCUUUAACGGAGUUUUAACCAAAAAAAUGUUUCAAAGGCAUUUCAUGCUGGUUAGUACCAAUUUAUAGCCACUGCUAGAUUUUUACAGUCACCAGCUUAUAAUUUUUCUCAGGGAGGCAAACCUACCAAGACAAAUGAAGCUGCACCAUCUGUGAAUGGCAUCAGUAGUGUUAAGGUUGAAAGUGAUGACAGUGGUGAGUGCAUUUUUUUAAUGUAGUUCGGUAUAUAUAAAUAAAUUUUUAUAAAUAAUGGUUUUCAGAAUUUUAUUUACACUAUCCAAAUAGUAAAUGGUACACAUAAAUGAUUUUUUCCCCUUAGAUUUUAAGUAUUCAAUUAUCCAAAGUUCAAGACUUGUUUUAUACCAUAAAAAUAACAACGAAAACUUAAUUUUUUACAUUGUUGUACAUUAUUCUUCUUGUCCAAUUUAAUCAGCUUUAAGUUAUUUAUAUAUUAGUCCACUAACCUAAUAGAGACCAAAGUACUUUUAAAAAAGGUUUCUUUAUCAAACGAUAAAUUAGACCAAAGGAUUUAAACUAUUAAUGUCAGCAACAGAGCUGUUGAUGAUGUAAUUCUAGACAAUCUUGAGAUUUUAAUAAACUAAAAAAAAUGGAGUAUUAAGAGCUUACAUUAGUAUUGCACCAGUGCAGUUUUGUGUUAUAAACUAUAGCAUCUUCUGGAAAUGCACAUUAUUAUUUGAAAGGUAGACACUCUCACCAUUUCAAUAAAAAUUUAAUUUCCUUCUUAAAAAAAUUAAAGGUGUAUUGUGCUAUAAUUUAUUUUUUAAAAACAUACAAAAGUAAGUACAUUUAUUCAAAGUUGUACUUACUAUUUUUUAUUUAAAUAUGUGAAAUAAACUGAUAAAUGUAUAUAACCUCAUUGAUUUCAGUUGUGUCAGCCGAUGGUCAUUUGAAAGGUUUUGCUGAAGUCAUGGGUGAAGCACUUAAAUUUCAUAAACCAGGCAAGCAAUCCAAUCUACAUAGAUAAAUAGAAUUUAUUUCUUGAUGUUUUCUACUGUGUAUCUAAUUUAGAAAUAAUUGUGGGUAUGGCAUCACUGCCUAUUUUAAAACCAAAUUUGCAGAAGAAAUAUUAAAUUAUAAACUACAGUACAAUUUCUGAGACAAUAAAUUUAUAAAACUACAAUGUGCAAGAUAAUAAAUGUUUUGUGUAUGCUGGUGAAGUUGAUUUUAUUAAUACUAAACUUCAGUCAUUUUUUUGGGAAUUUAAAAGCAUGCAUUUAAAAUUGCUUAAGGUGUCUUCUUUAAAGAAUUGAUAUGGUAGUAUAUCUGGUAGAAUUUGUUUUUAAUUGUAAUGACAAUUUUUAAUUCAUCUACAGGUGAGAAUUACAAGACCGAUGGAUAUGUUAUUACCCCAAAUACAAUGGACCUUCUUAAAAAGCACCUGCAGAUUACAGGAGGAAAGGUUGACAGAUAUUAUUUUUAAGCAUGGCAUUUAAAUUUAUAGUAGCCAAGUUGCUCUUAGUAAUUAUAAGUUUGUUUAAUAAUGACUGUGUAGCCCUGCUCUAAUGCUUCUCACUAUAACUCAAAUUUGCUUAUAACACAGUGGUGGUGGCAUUGUUUCCAAAAUUUGUUAUAUUCAUAUGCAAAUGGGAAAAAAAAGUCUAUGGAGUAAGAAGUAUAAAAAAAUGUUAAAAACUUCAUAAUGUUAAAUUUAUUAGAAAAAAAUUCCAAUUCUGUUUACAAGCAAUCAAGGCUUCUAUUUAUUUGAUAACUAAUAUUUUAUAUUUGUGGGGCUUCAAUGUAUUAUUUUUGCAGAAAAUUCUCUUACCAUUUGCAACUGAAACUUAAUUAUAAAUUGAUUUUCAUUCAUUAGGUUUUUACAAGAUUUCCCCCUGAGCCUAAUGGUAUAUUGCAUAUCGGUCAUGCAAAGGCAAUCAAUUUCAAUUUUGGUUAUGCAAAGGUAAGCAAUGCCUUCAAUGUACUGAGUGGUCAGUUUGCCCCUUAAAUUCUCACAGUACAAUUAUUUUACACAUUUAUCAAUAUUUUUAAUUGCUGUGGACUGAAAUCGUUAGUUAAAACAUUUUGUCAUUUAAAACUUGUAUGAUAAUUAUUGCUCUUUAACCCGUUAACUACCGUAAGCCAUUAAAUGCAACAAGAAUGCAAUCUCUAACAUUCCAUGUGCACACAUUUAAUUAUUAAACUGUGUAUGUUAAAAUGCAAAAACUAAUAUCAAAUUAAUUUUGAUAACUGAAUUAGUCCAUUAAUUUGCCACUACAGUUAAUUAAUUAAAAUUUAAAAAAAAUAUUUCAUUUUCAACAUUAAUCUGGGAUAAAAAUAACAAAUAUAAACUAUAUUUUAAAUAAGGUAGCUUGCUAUAUUUUAAAUAGGAUAGUUCGCUACAUUUAAAUAAGUUAGUUCACUAUAUUUGAAAUUUGAUAGUUCACUACAUAAAAAUAAAGUAGUUAACUACAUGUAAGUAAGGUAGUUGAUUAUAUUUUAAAUAAGAUAGUUCAGUACAUUUAAAUAAGGUUGGUCAGUACAUUUAAAUAAGGUAGUUCACUAUAUUUUAAAUAAGAUCGUUCAAUACAUUAAAAUAAUGAAGUAGUUAACAACUGAUGUGUUAAAUAAAACAUUCAGGUUGUUAUGAACGAUAUAAUUUUUGUGUAUUUUAGAGCACAGGAGGCCAUUGCUACCUGCGUUAUGAUGAUACAAACCCAGAGAAGGAAGAAGAGAAAUUUUUCUUGGCCAUACGAGAUAUGGUUGAGUGGUUAGGUAGGUUCAUAUUUAUUUUUGUAAUAAUCUUUAUUAUUAAUAUAAUUUAAUUACCUCAAAUUUUAUCAUGUAGUUUUUUUUUUAUUUCUCACUAAAUACAUUUUGCAAAGGCUGAUGUCCGCUAUAUAUAAAGUUCCCCAAGUAAAACACAUUGCUCAAAGUAAUUUUUUUUAAUGACUGAAUUGUGGAAUGCUAUUAUGUUCAGGCAUUGUAUAUGAAUGUUACUAAGUUCAUUCUCUCUCUCUCCCCCACCCCAUCCCAUGAGUAAAUAGCUUGGUGGAAAGAAGAAUAUGUAAAUCACUUAAAAGAAAACAAGUUUUUAUUUUGAUUUAAAUUUAUCUGUUGUUUAUUAUUGGCAGAGGAAGGCAUCCAGCUGAAAUGUCUGUGUAAUUGUCUUGUCAUUUUUUUAAGCCUUAACAUACCUUGUAACACUAUUUACUUCAUAUAGCUUGAACGCAGUCAUAUAUUAUAUAUAUAGAUAUAUAUAUAGAUAUAUAACAGUUUUUUAAUAUGUGUUUUUAUUAUGUUACUAAAUUAUCAUUCAUUGUGACUUCAUUUUCUUUCCAGGCUAUACACCUUACAAGAUCACUCAUGCCUCUGACAAUUUUGAUCAGCUGUAUGAAUGUGCAUUGGAGCUGAUCAAGAGAGGUCAUGCCUAUGUUUGUCACAUGCCAGCUGACACACUGAAAGGUUUCACUCCACCAGAUUCUCCAUGGAGAGACAGACCCAUCCCUGAGUCACUUCAACUGUUUGAGGUAUGCAGAACCAUGAACAAAAAAAUGGUGGUUCAUUUAUUCAGUGCAUAUAAGAACUAUUACUGGAAUAACAUGUUAUCUCAGUCAGAUGACUACCUUUCCUUUCUUUGCAUUUUAAUCUUUACGUUAUUAUGGAUAUUAAAAAUAUAUUUUCAUGCAGUUGAAAAAAAGUUUUCCUCCACUCUAUUUCAUGGGUUAAGUAUAGUUCAUAAACCCACAAUAUAGAAACAUCAGUAGGUAAGGCCCAUAAAAAGAUAAUUUCUGAUGUCUGCAAAGUUUUUUUUUACUUUGAUUUAAUGCAACUGUACCAAAGCUGUUUAAAAAAAAAGGAUGAUUCCAACCAAAGUGUGUGACACUGCUUUGAAUUCCUGUGUUUUUAUUUUAACCCCUAGGACAUGAAGAGGGGCAAAAUUUCAGAAGGGGAAGCUACUCUACGCAUGAAGACAACACUAGAAGAAGGCAAAAAAGACCCUGUGGCAUACCGUAUAAAAUUUACUCCCCACCAUAGAACUGGGGACAAAUGGUAAGUUCUACUACAACAUAUGUUUGCACUUUUUGUUAGUGGUGGAUGAUCCAUUUCAGGCAGCUGGGUGGCACAGACAGUAAGUCACCUUCUCAUCUGUCUGUCUGGUGAUCCAAAGCCCAGCAUUAUCAUGUGUCUACAUCUUGGGUUCACCAUGGACUCUGUUAUAUGAAAAAAAGCAGCGAAAAUUGCAUCCUUAAGUUAGAUUCACUAAAUGUGGCCUACAUAAAAAUGCUGUAAUAUGACAUAAAAAAGCUAAAACACUAAUAAUAAGGCUCUUCAACCACUUUCAAAUGGCCGGGAAAAUCACCAUGUAUUAAAAACUAAAGGGAACCUGUCAUGAGGGGGACGGGACAUUGGGUGACUUGAAGUCAUCAUGACAGAACAAAUAAACGCAUUUAUAUUUAAUCAGGGUUGACUAAGUAAGUAAAUUAAUGGUAAUUUUUUUUUUUAUGAAUCCCCUGUUAGAAUAUUACACAAUGUUCCAUUUCAAUGGGAAAUUCAAGUGGCCUCCCAAGAUAUUUUUAAUAUUUGGCUAACUGAGACUGUACUAUUUGACAGGUGUAUAUAUCCAACUUAUGACUUCACUCAUUGCCUUUGUGAUUCCAUUGAACACAUCACCCACUCAUUGUGUACCAAGGAAUUCCAGUCAAGGUAAACUUCGGUUAUUAUGCCUUCUUUUUAGCAAUCUUUUUUUUCCACAUUUACAACUGAAUGAUAAAUUGAAAACAUACUUCCUCCUCACGUUUUUGGAAAUGAUGCUUGUUAGAAAUAAAAGGUUAUGCGUCUUUCUUGCACAUUUAAGGUCACUUGAUCGAGGGGUGUUAAAGUCCCUGAAUUAGUUUAGUUCAGGGGUGUGAAAAAAUGUGAGGUUGCGCCGGGGGUGUGGGGUGGGGGUGACGACACACAAUGACACUAAUUGGGAUUCAUAUAAAAUGUGUUACUUGAAUUGCAGAUGACAACACAUUCUUUCAAAUUUUCAGCCCCCCAACCCCCAAGAAUCAAUUUUUCAAGGGAAGAUUUAAAGGAAAUAUGAUGUGAUGAUUUCUUAACAACUGUAGCCAUGGCUAAGUCGCACAAAAAUGCAUAUAAAGGAUUUAAACCAAAAACUUUAUUGGGGUUGUUCAAUUUCUAGUUUCAUGUAGGAAUAGGAUAGUUAGAAUGGUUAGGUUUUGCCUAUUCAAACACUAUUUUGUCGGUCAAUGGCCACUCUUUAUAAAUAUCUCUUCAUUCCAGACGUUCCUCUUACUACUGGCUCUGCAAUGUGUUGGACAUGUACUGUCCUGUCCAGUGGGAGUAUGGAAGACUCAAUCUCAGCUACACAGUUGUGUCUAAGAGGAAAAUAGCAAAACUAAUUACAGAGUGUAUUGUCAGGUGAGUGCAUCAUGGAUAAAUUUCCCCAGCUCACCAUUAGCUUAAUAACCUGCUUUUUAAAAGUCAUUCAUAUUAAAAGUAUCCAGGGAGUGCACUCCAGAGGGGUGGGUGAUCUGUAUAUAACUGUAUUGUGAUGAAAUUGUGAGUGAAAGUUAUUUGUUUUGAUUUUUAUAAGUAAAGAUUAAAUAUUGAAUUGUUUACAAGUUAUUAAAGAAAAUGAACAAUUUAAAAUUGAUGCUAUGACAGGAGAAAAUCUGUGAAGCAAAAUUCAAAACAGUCUGUAUAAGGUAAACCUUGACAAAGGAAAAAAAGUUGACAAAAAUGUUCAUAAAAAAGUUUCUCAUGUUAUUGUUUGUUUUAUCUGAUGAUAACUUUUAAAAUAAAAUAAAUAGAGAAAAAAACAUUUUCACUAAAGUAGUAUGGAAAAUCAAAUUUUUUUUUAUCAACCCCAAUUUUUUUUUUUUUUUAUAAGUCGAGGAUGAAAAUAAAAUGAUGAAUAUUUUUACUGUAUACUUUUAAAAUAAAAAAAAAAAAAAAAAAAAAAUUUAAAAAAAAAUAAUAUGGAAAAUAAAAUUUUUUUUUAAAAAAAAAAAUUUUUUUUUUUUUUUUUAUAAGUCGAGGAUGAAAAUAAAAUGAUGAAUAUUUUUACUGUAUACUGUGAAACAUAGCCCGAGGAUAACUUUUUAUGACUGCACCAUAAUCCGAAUAUCUGAUCUUAAUAUAUGAGUUAAAUAUAUAAUUUUGAUUGCAUAAAAAAAAAUACAAAUUUGCUUAGAUAUGUUUUCCCUCUCUAUUAGUAUUAGUCCUUACUAUCCUACCAUUGAUGUUAUGAAAAUUAUUAAUUCUCAGCAUCUGUUGUCAUACUCUCUUGUGCCAAUCUGUUAUGAUUACGACUGGUUUCAUUGUUGGAGUAGAUUUGUUAAAAUCUUUAAAUGUGGAUUAAAUUUCAGGGACUGGGAUGACCCAAGACUUUUCACGCUCACUGCACUUAGAAGGCGAGGUUUUCCAGCAGAGGCGAUCAACUUCUUCUGUGCUAAGGUUGGCUCCUAGUUUAUAAUAAAAUUUAGAUUUUUAGAACAGCUUUAGAUUGAUUAACUAAUUAUAAAAGGGUUGAACCGCGAUAAAGAUUUUAACUAAUUUAUGAUACGCACAAUUGUUUUUUGUAAAUAAAGGAAUACAUGUUAAGCUGUAAUUAUGAUUAAACAAAGUGCAAAUUCAAAUGUUUUGGCAAAUGUCUUCAUAAGUACUACAAAAAAGCUUUAUUAUUAUUGUUUUUACAGAUUUACAGUUUAUUUUUAGUCUUUCAUUUAUUAUAUGUAUCUCUAUUUAGAUAGAAUUGUCCUGUAAAUGUUGUAAAAAAAAAAUCAGAAUGAACACGUAAAAUUUUAAGUAGUUUAUAUGUGUUUUGAUUAGGUAGGAGUUACUAUGGCCCAAACUUGUAUAGACCCUUCUAUGUUAGAGGCCUGUGUCAGGGAUGUGCUGAAUGUGACAGCAAAAAGGUAAGAGAAAAAUAAAAAAUUCCCAUGUCAAUGCUGAAACUAGCUCUGUUAAAACUAUUUGAAUUUAGCUGCUACAGUUUGGAUAAAUUAAUUCUAAUAAUGCACCAGCCCCUUUGAAAAAUUAACUAUGUCCAUAACAGCAAAUUUAUCAUGUACAUUUAAGUCUUUAUUUCUCUUUAUAUAAAAGAAAAAAACUGAGCAACCUGAUGUUAACUGCUUUAUCUGUAAAACUGUUACGUUUUGAUAUGUUUUCAUGUCAAACAAGAAUCAUUAACAAAAAUAUAUAUAUAUAUAUAAUAGCAAGUUCUCAAAACAAGUUCACUCCAUGCUCAUCUCCGGAACAUACUCAACACACACUGUCCACAAGCCCUGCGCAUGUUUGUCGCUCGCCCCGGUUGUCAAACCGGGCGGUAUAGUCCACUUUAACAAAAAUUAUAAAAGUGAUAUUGAUGUAGUUAUAUUCUAUUUCAGAGCAAUGGCGGUGUUGCACCCCUUGAAAGUGGUAAUAUCAAAUUUACCAGCAGACUUCCCCAAAGAAAUCUCUGUGCCAGAUUUUCCAGCAAAUGAGUCCAAAGGAUCCCAUUUAGUUGGCUUUAAUUAUGUCUUAUACAUCGAACAGGAAGACUUUAAGGAGGUAAAGUUAAAAUAGAUGGACUGCACUUUAAUGUUUACACUAAAAAAAAAUAUAAUGCCAAUAAAAAAAGUGUCUAAGAUUUUAUGUUUUCCAAAAAUUCAUAGCUUGAAAUCCAGAGUUGAAGAUUUUAUGUUUUAAAUGCAAUUUUAAGUCUAUUCCGUCUAUAAAGGUGAUUAUCUUUAAUUUAAAGAAAUAUUUUUAUAUUAGUCACACAACUGUCAUUUCAGAGACUGUUUUCAAAUUUUUGUCCACCAAUUUAUUGUCUUAUUGUCUCAAGUCUUUUUUUAUCUAAUGCAUACUUCUUUUCUGUACUGCAGACAGCUGAUAAGAAUUUCUUCCGUUUGACCAAAGACCAGCCAGUGGGACUUCGUUACACUGGUCUUGUCAUCUUUGUAGAAAAAGUCAUCAGGGUAAGUAAGCCUUUUUUAUUUAAAUUUUCAUGUACACACUUUAGUAACAGAAUUAUGUGUUGAAUAUCUGGCAGAGAUGUAGACUCUUGGUGUCAAAAUUAGAAAUGUACAUAAAUUCGUCAGUGAUCAACACUAAAAUUUCAAUGUGAUUUAUUCUGCAUCUCCUCAAGGACUCCCUUGGUCAGCCCACAGAACUGGUUGUGACAUGCAAGGCAGCUGCUGAUGCACCCAAGCCCAAAGCUUUCAUCCACUGGGUGUCCCAGCCACUGCUUUGUGAGAUCAGGGUCUACGACCGCCUGUAAGUGGGGGAUCUGUUAUAUAAUUUUGUCAUCCCUGUUUUCUAAUCUUUUGAAGAUAAAAAAAAAAUUGAAAAUAUUAUUAACACCAAAUAUUUAAUUUUAAUUUUAAAGAGUGAAGACUAUUUAAAAAUGUUAUCCUUGAUGUGAAUGUUUCAGAUUUAAUCACAAGUUCCCUGAGGAUGCAACCCAAGUUCCAGGAGGUUUCCUCACAGACAUCAAUCCAGUGAGUAUCCACUAGUGUAGGGGUCGGGAACCUAUGGCUCAGCCAGAUGUGGCUCUAUUGAUGGCUGCAUCUGGCUCGCACACAAAUGUUCGAUUAUAAAAAAAGUCGCUUUAAUGGUAAGAAAUACUCAUUAUUGAUUAGCAACAGCAUAACAAUGUUAUUAAAAAGAAUUCAGAGACAUAAUUAUUGCAUUUUUAGUGUUGAAAUUACACAAAAUGCACACUUUUACUUGAAUUUUUAGUUGUAAACAUAAUGUAUGGCUCUCACAGAAUUACUUUUCAAAAUAUGUGGUGUCCAUGGCUCUCUCAGACAAAAAGGUUCUCAUCUUUUUUUGUUUUUUAUAUCUCACUUAAGUAUUCAUAUAAUUAAAUUAUACUUGUACUAUGUGUUAAUCAUACCACACAAUUAUUCAACAAAAGUCUUGCUACAGACUAAUUUUAAGGAGCAACUCAAACAACGAUAUUCAAGACUGAAAAAAAUUAUGUACAUUGACAUAAAAAAACAACAUAUUUCAAGUUAUUGGAUCAAUAAAAAUAUCUUAUCUUAUUUUGUCUCGUAGGAAUUAUUAUUUAAUUUUGUUUUUUUAAGUUGAAAAAAAAAUCAAUUCAAACCAAAGAAGAACAAAUUUUUGAAUUGAUUCAUUGGAAAUAUUCAAACUCUCAUAAAUGAUACUUUAAAUUUAGUUUUUAAAUUAAACAUUUGAGGAUAGAAUAUAUCAUUAGUUUUAACCCAACAAAAUUUUUGCACUAAUUGACCAUUCACCUAAAUUAUGUGCUAUUUGGGUAACAAUUUAUAGCUUUUUAGAUAUUCUGUGUAUCUUCCCUGUUUUGUUUUGCCUCCCUCAAUAUUAAUUCAAUAUUUUAAGACUAAUUUUUGUGUCAAACUAUAUAAAAUGAUUAUGGAAUCAUAUAGGAAGUAUUGCUAAUUGUAAUCAUUAGCUUCACAUUUUUAUCAUGCACUUGGCUAUCCCCUCCCAGGAUUCUCUAGAGGUGCUGCCUGAGGCUAUGGUUGACCAUUCUGUGUUGGGGGCCAAAGUUUAUGACAAGUUCCAGUUUGAGAGAAUAGGUUACUUCUCUGUGGAUCCAGAUUCAACACAGAGCAAGGUAAGCAUUAUUUGUUCCUACUUUUCCCCAUCUUUUCGUUUUUUCUUUCAACCUGGACAGAAAGACUGGAUAUGGGAGAUCAUUUGAGGGCCUCCUGUUCUCUUACCUUAAGGAUGAGACAGCCAUGAGGUUGUUUAUAAUGUUUAAACCCUACACUUCAGGAGAAGCUAAACUAAACUUACUUUAAAGUUUGUGUCGGUCAGAGGCAAAGUUGGCAAACGGAUUCACUUUUAGUGACUUUGGUGAUAAUUUUGGGAAAAUUUCUCCUUUCAUAGUUGAAUUUACAUAAUAUUCCAAUCUAACACUUGGUAAUGGCCACUUCUAACAUGUUAUUUGCCUUGCAUCCCCAGCUGGUAUUCAACAGGACAGUGACAUUGAAAGAAGACCCUGGCAAGAAAUCUUAAGAUGACGCCCAUCAACUCAAGACACACCACUGAGAUUAAAAAACAAAAAAAUAUUACAAGAGUUAGAGAACCUUGUUUGAUUACUGCUUUUGAUAAAAAAUAUAGAGUAUUUAAAUAUUCUAUUUGAUCACAACUUCUUUCUUUUUUGCUUAAAAAUUUCAAAAAAAAAAAUUAUUGAAAUUUGUUCAAAACAAACUUUAUGUUUGUUUAUACAGUGACUAAGAAUGUAUCAUCAAAACAUCACUAAAACCUUUAGAAACAAUGAUGAAGAUAAAGAGGUUCACCUAUUUUUGUGUUUUUGUUAUCUGUUCCCCACGUACUCAUCCAUCCAUUAUUUUUUUUUUUUUUUUGAGCCUCUGCUUGUUUUGAUUAAUAUUUUUAGAUCAGCCAGUUAUUUAUUCAUGUUUUCAUUCCAAAAUAGUUUGUAAAAGCAGCUUUUGCCUGGUUGUUGCCAGAUAUUUAAUCAAGGAAGUUCAUGUAUACAGCUUUUGUGUGGUAAUUUAGUCAAAGCCUUUUUAAUGCUAAUUAACUGAAAAAUCAUUUGUGGUAAGAGUUUUUCACUUUCUUUGAACGAAUUUAAACACAUGAACUGAAUGAAUAAUGGAUAUUAAUUGUCUGCUUAUUAUUUAAAUCAAAUUGUGAACUUUGGAAAGACUCACAAUUGAACUGAAUUUAAUUAAAACAUUUUUUUUAAAAUGAUACGUUAUAUAUUGUUUCAGUUGUUAGUAUUGUGUGAUAACCAAUUUUCAUAACUUUAUAUUAUUUGUAUUUUCCUUUAUUUGAAUGGUUUUAUCAUUUCUUGGUAAUUUGUAGCCAUUAUUUAACUUUAGGUUGUUAAAUCCAAGACUAAUAUAUUUUUUAAAAAUUUUAAAUUUCAUCAUUAAAAAGGUGAUGUAUAAAGGAUUUGGGCUUCAGUUGCUUAGUCACAGACCAAGAAUUUAUAAUUAAGCAACACACAGACUGCUUAAAUAUUUAAGAAUUCUUCUAUUAUUUUUUUUUUUUGCCACUACAGUCCCCCCAUGUUUUGGUCACUAAAAAACUUGUUAUUGUUGUUUGUGUGACUUGAUUGUUUUGAUUGUAAGUGUUACUGAUGUUACUGGUGAUGUUACUGGUGUUGUGUGGUGGUGGCUAGAAUGUGUAACCGUGUUUAAUAUGUGUGUGUGUGUGUUUCAUUGAGUGAUGGAAGGAAAUUAAAGCAUAUAUGUCAUGAA